AUGCUGUCAAGGAGAGAGAAACUGUUAGUUCAGCCCUGGGAAGAACGGCGGUAUAAAGAUCACAGGUCUAAGGUGCAGUGUGCGCGUGCGGCGGUGGACGCGCGCGCGCCGGCGCCGCGGCCGCACGUGGCGCUGAAGCUAAAGCGCUGGCAGCGCGAGGCGGAGCGCCGCGCCGCCGUCGCCAGCGACAACUUCAGCCUCAUCCAGCGCCUCGCGCGCAUCAUGCGCCGCAACAGGCUCGACAACCACUGGGACAAACCCCUGCCCAAUUUCCAGCAAAAGGUUGGCAAGUUCCACGACGCGGAGGCGCUGCAGCGGCGGCUGGCGGCGCGCGGACUGCAGCUGCACGCGCGA